AUGGCACAUAUGACUGAAAGAUUUAUCGAUGCUCAUCAAGAACCUUUACAAAGACUACCAUCGAUCGAAGUCUACGAAAUAGGACCAUCAAUAGUAAUCGAAGAAGCUACACGAAAGCUUCAACGAUCAAUAAAUAAAAUUGGUGAUAUGACGUUGGCUGCAAAACGGUUUAUAACUUAUCUGGAUAACGGCUUGACCAUCGAUGAAGCAACAGCGAUUUUUUUGUACACUAUCAAGCAAGAAAAAGUUGAUCAAACUGUUUCUUUUCAACUGAACAGAGUACUUCGUAGUAGCCAACGAAACCAUCUGGACUCUUGGUUAUUGUAUUUUCAACUCUUUUUAAGUGCUCUGAAGAAAUUACCAUCGACGAAAGGCACGAUUUGGCGCUGUGCGCCAGGCAAAAUUACUCCUGGUUACAAGUCUAAUUGUGUCUGGUCUGGAUUUAGCUCGUGUAUAGGAACCUGGUCGGUGCUCGCACAACUCCUAGAUCCUUCUUGUGACUAUACUUUAUUUCAAAUUGAAUGCAUCAAUGGGAAGCGGAUUAAAAAUUACUCCAGUCGCCCAGAGAAUGAUGAAGUUAUAUUGUUACCUGAUACACACUUACAAUUUUUAGGAGAUAAAAAGCUGAAACAUGGCUGGCAUGUAGUUUAUUUACAAGAAAUGGAUUCUCCAUAUCUACAAUCAGCUCAGCCGGUAGAAUCGCUUUUGUCUACCCAUCAAACCAUUCGAACAAAUCAAGACUUUAAUUCGAAUACACCUCAACCAAAUGACCAAAAAGUUCAGGCCCUCCCAUAUAACACAUAUAAUUCAACGGCUAUUCAUCCGGCAUGCCAAUUUCGAACAGAAAAACCUUGGUUCGAUCUUCAGUAUCAUCGGAAUAGUGCCAACUCAAUCAUGACUCCUGAACAUCUUCGUAGCAUAUUAAAGAAUCCUUCUACAUAUGUCGACAAUCUUAUAUUAGGCCGUGUCCAAGGAUCAAUGAUAGGUAUGGCGUUGGGCGAUGCACUCGGUGCACAUGUGGAAUUCCGACCGAGGCAAUACAUGAUAGAAAACCCAGUGCGAGAUCUUCAAGGUGGAGGAACUUGGGGUCUUGCAAAAGGGCAGUUCACAGACGAUACAUCCAUGGCUCUUUGUUUAGCAAAUUCUUUGGUAUGUCGCAAAGACUUUGUCCCGUAUGAUCAACUAGUUCGAUACAAAUGGUGGUACAGGCAUGGUUACAUGUCCUCAACUGGACGAUGUUUUGAUAUUGGUGCGGCCACCAGUCAGUCAUUACAUGAAUUCGAGUAUCGCCAACAGAUAGUUGCUCGCAGUGAUAAAAUUCCAAUUGAUCAAUUAGAUUUUCUUUCAGAUACUCAGAUUCUCUCAAAAUUUGAUGUGUAUUGCAGUAAAGAUGGUGUUGCCGGUAAUGGAGCACUCAUGCGACUCGCACCUGUACCGCUCUUCUUCUACAAAUACCCUGUUCAGGCAGUGGAGUUUUCUGGCGUCAGUGGCAAGAUUACUCAUGGUGACCAAAAAGCCUAUGAUGCUUGCCGCUACUAUGGUGCCUUGAUUGUGGCUGCUUUAAAUGGAGAAACGAAAAAGCAAUUGCUACAUGAAGACUUUUAUCUAAGACAUGAAGAGUGGUUCAACAAUAAAGCACUUCAUCCAGAAGUUAUGCGAAUCGCUAAAGGAUCUUAUAAGAUAAAAGGUGGUUACAAUGGCGGCAUUCGGGGCAAAGGAUACAUUAUUAAUGCUCUCGAAGCUGCUCUAUGGGCGUUUUGGUCAGAUGAAAACUCCUUCAAAAAAGGUGCUCUCAAUGCAGUCAAUCUUGGAGAUGACACAGAUACGACUGCUGCUAUUUAUGGUCAACUGGCUGGUGCCUACUACACUUGUGAAAACCUACCCGCGGAAUGGAUCAAACAUGUCUAUGCUCAUGAUUUUAUUACGUGUUUAAGCGAAUGGAUUGUUUUUGAAGGACAACAGUGGAAACCAAAAUCUAUUUCUCAGAACAUUCAACCAUACCAGCCUAACUCUUACACUAAUCACUUGGCUAGCUGUCCACAGGAAAAUACAUUGAAUCCAGUGCGAAAUGCUAACGAAGAAGAUCCACAAACAUCUCCUUUUGCGUCUGAUCAGGCAUUUUCUCGCAGAUCACAAUUGCCGCUACAAUCCGAAUAUUACCCCAAAGAACAUAACAUGUAUGGAACAGGUCUAGCAACUCAGACCGGUAUCAAUUCGAAGCCAACUGCCGCAGCGGUAAACAGUGAUUAUAAUGAUACGCAAAGAUCUGGUUUCUCCUCUAAACAAGGAUCAGAAUAUAAUGCUAGUGCACUAAAUGGUGAAAAAAGAAAUGGUUCCCAUCGUGGAUUUCGCCAUAUACUGCGGAAACUACGGAAAUAA